UCAGUAGUAUUGUGUACGUCGUCGGUCGCGGAACAUCGACCUGUUAAGCCGCCCAAAGUCUUGUGAUUUGGUCCAACAAAUUACCGGGAGGGACCCAAAAAAAAUGCCGAUCGAGUAAAUUUUCUUCGGCCAGUAAAGAGACUCCGAAAACAAAAUGGGAAAACAAUAAAUAAUCUUCCUCCAAAAAUAUGACUAUUAAAAAUUCGUUGGUUGUUGAACCUGUUGAGCAACAUCCUGUGUCGUUUUCGGCCAAUCGGAAUGCCGUUCAAUGAGAAGCUUCCAAAAAUAUUCCCCAUCGCAAGUGAUAACGGGUCAAAAGUAAUAGCUUUAAGUUUAGAUUAUUCGUGAUGCCAGAAACGGCAUAAAUUAUAGCUACAUGUGCCUUGCUGGUGGUGAAAGCAUGUGCCUUGGAAUGAAAGAGUGUGUUUUAGUACAAUAGAAGUGGCUGAGUGAUCUUGAAAUAUCUCCACGUGCUUUCAUGUAAACACAUCGCUUUAUCAAUAGUGCAUUCAGUUGGUCUAGUAAGUGGUACACGAGCAGUGAUCAUCCCCCCGAAAAAAAAAUUGGACACAAGUGAAACUUGAUCAAGAGAAACGUGUUCAUAGGAGCAAACAAACCAUGGCAAAGGUAGCGGUAGGAGAUUCGUUGAUGCCCCAGCAGGGUUUUGGAGAACCAGCUGCCCCCAGGAAUCGAUUGGCAGCCGGCGAAAAUGGCCGGGGUCCAAAUGCUGAGGUCGAUAGCAGCGACGGAAGUUCCGGCGAUGGGAUCAAAAUGAAGAAAGAGCUCGGACUGAUGGAUGGAGUGGCCAUCAUAGUGGGUGUGAUUGUGGGGGCGGGAAUUUUUGUGUCACCCAAGGGGGUAUUACUCUAUUCGGGGUCCAUCGGGCAGGCGUUGAUCGUGUGGAUUUUGUCCGGUGUACUGAGUAUGGUUGGAGCACUGUGCUAUGCUGAGCUAGGUACCAUGAUUCCCAAGUCUGGCGGUGAUUACGCGUACAUCGGGGAAGCCUUCGGUCCCCUGCCGGCAUUCCUGUACCUUUGGGUGGCGCUGCUGAUUUUGGUACCGGCUGGAAAUGCCAUCACUGCAAUUACCUUUGCUCAAUAUCUGGUCCAACCGAUGUGGCCAACCUGUGAACCCCCGUACGAAUCAGUGCGACUGAUAGCUGCUCUCAUCACCUGUCUUUUAACUGCCAUCAAUUGCUACAACGUCAAGUGGGUGACCAGGGUAACGGAAACUUUCACCGGAAUGAAGGUCUUGGCUCUGCUUGUGAUUGUUGCUGCCGGUGCCUAUUAUCUUCUGAGUGGAAAUACAGAAUUGCUGGAAAAUCCUUUCGAAAAUUCCAAAGUACAACCGGGCUUCAUUGCAUUAGCAUUCUACAAUGGACUGUUUUCGUAUUCCGGCUGGAAUUAUCUCAAUUUUGUGACGGAGGAGCUGAAAGAUCCAUACAGAAACCUGCCCCGAGCAAUUUGCAUAAGCAUGCCAGCAGUGACGAUCAUCUACGUUAUCACGAAUCUGGCGUAUUUCGCAGUGCUCCCGCCUGAUGUGAUGCUGUCUUCUCAAGCAGUUGCGGUAAGUCUUUUUUUUUGGAGUCAUUGUUAUUAGCAUAUUAAAAGCUCAUUAAAGGUAAUAUCC